AUGGGGUGGGAAGACUCUGGCUUCUCUGGUAGCGUGCCGUCCUUGGCUGCCGGGCUCCUCUUUGGGGACUUAGCAGGCCUGGGUGCUUACCAGCUGUCUCAGGAUCCGAGGAACGUCUGGGUUUUCCUAGUUACAUCUGGGACCUUGGCUGGCAUUAUGGGAAUGAGAUUCUACCACUCUGGAAAAUUUAUGCCUGCAGGUUUAAUUGCAGGAGCCAGUUUGCUGAUGGUUGCCAAAGCUGAAAUUAGUAUGUUGAAUAGACCCCAUCAGUAGUAAUCAUGUCCCAGCUCGGACUCAAGAAGAAUUAAAAAUCUGCAAACUUCCACUAUUUUCAGUGUAUUAAGAGAAAUAGGUGCAGGAUUUCUACAUGUUCUGACAUUUUACUUUAAAAAAACCAAAAAAAACCAAAAAAACAGCACUGAACUUGAUAGAGGAAAAAAUGAGUCGUUACCAUUACAGCCCUACAGAGGUGGCGAGUAUGUAACACAAGAGCUUAUUGAUACCUUCAUACAGUUUGAUUCUUGUAUAUUGAUGGUAUCUCUUCUUUCUGUAUCUAUAAAAUCUCAAAGUUAGGUCUCAACGUUGAGGACCCUGAGAUCCCAUUCCGUGUUCGGAGAACAGUAUGAAAAAAGUCUCUAUGAGAUUAGGAUGUCUGUUCUUUUGCUUAUCUUAGAGCUCAGACCUACUUUGAAAUUAUGCUCAAUGGAAUA